CAGAGAUUCUCGCAGUUAGUUUUGCCUUCCCAGAACUCUGCCUUUCCUCAAAAGGAAGAGGAGAAAAAUGAUCAAGUUCAAGGAGCCGGUGACGUUCAAGGACGUGGCUGUGGUCUUCACGGAGGAGGAGCUGGGGCUGCUGGACCCGUCCCAGAGGAAGCUGUACCGAGACGUGACCCUGGAGAACUUCCGGAACCUGGUCUCAGUGGGGCACCUGUCCUCUAAACCAGAUGUGAUAUCCCAGUUGGAGAGAGAGGAGAAGCUUUGGACGAUGGAGAUACAAACUCAAAGAGGCGGGCAUUCAGCGGAGAACUGCAGGAAUGAAAAUGAGAUGGAGACUCUUGAUGAAGCAGGAGUCAGGUGCCUUUCUUUGGGAGAGCUUUCGUGCUGGCAAAUCGGGAGGCAUGUUGUGAGUAAAUUAAGGAAAAGUCAAGUCUCCAUGCUACAUAUUCAAGAAAAGACUUCUCAGUUCCCCAAACAACAUAAUUCCCCUGGUCAGGUGGGGGCAGAAGUCUCCAUUCAGGAAGACAGCUGCAUAAUGAGUCUUAUAGAGAAUCAUUCCAGUAUUAAUGAAAGUCAGGCAUUUACAGCAGGGAGAGAUCAGGAUUCUUGGAGUAACAUAUAUCUGAACGAGACACAGAAUUAUCAGAGAAGUUGUAAGCAGAUGCCAAUGAAAAACAAGUUAUGUAUAUUUGCUCCAUGUGCUAACAUCUUCAGUUGUAAUUCACACCACCAUGAUGAUGAUAUAGUACACAAAAGAGAGAAAGCUCACAGCAACGAAGAUGGUGGUGAAGACAUCUCAAAUGUAUCAUCUCUUGCCCAGCUCAGUAUAAUCCACACGGGACAGAAGACCUACCCGUGUAGUGAAUGUGAAAAAGUAUUCAGUGAUAGCUCCAGACUUGAAGUUCAUCAGCAGGCACACUUGGCAAAGAAGUCCCUUAACUGUAGUACACGUGAGGAUACCAGCUAUAGCUCAGCCAUUCCCCUUCAACAAUAUGUUCACGCAAGAAAAAAACGCUAUUGGUGUCAUGAGUGUGGGAAGUGUUUUAGUCAGAGCUCAAAUCUGCAAACUCAUCAGAGAGUCCACACGGGGGAGAAACCCUAUUCGUGCGUAGAGUGUGGGAAGAGCUUUAAUCAGACCUCACAUCUUUAUGCUCACUUGCCUAUUCACACCGGAGAGAAGCCCUAUAGAUGUGAAAGCUGUGGGAAGGGCUUCAGUCGUAGCACAGAUCUUAAUAUUCACUGCAGAGUCCACACUGGAGAGAAACCUUACAAAUGCGAGAUAUGCGGAAAGGGCUUCACACAAAGAUCACAUCUUCAGGCCCACGAAAGAAUCCACACCGGAGAGAAACCAUAUAAAUGUGCAGACUGUGGUAAGCGCUUUAGUUGUAGUUCAAAUCUUCAUACCCAUCAGAGAGUCCACACGGAGGAGAAACCGUACAGAUGCGAUGAGUGUGGGAAGUGCUUCAGUUUGAGCUUCAAUCUUCACAGUCACCAACGAGUCCACACGGGAGAGAAACCAUAUAAAUGCGGAGAGUGUGGAAAAGGUUUUAGUUCGGCCUCAAGUUUCCAGAGCCAUCAGAGGGUUCACACAGGAGAGAAACCGUUUCGAUGCAAUGUGUGUGGGAAAGGCUUCAGUCAGAGUUCGUAUUUUCAAGCCCAUCAGAGAGUCCACACUGGAGAAAAACCCUACAAAUGUGAGGUGUGUGGGAAGCGCUUCAAUUGGAGUUUGAAUCUUCACAAUCAUCAGAGAGUCCACACAGGAGAGAAACCCUAUAAAUGUGACGAGUGUGGGAAGGGCUUCAGUCAGGCUUCAAAUCUUCAAGCCCAUCAGAGUGUCCACACUGGGGAGAAACCAUUCAAAUGUGAAGCAUGUCAGAAGCGAUUCAGCCAAUCUUCACAUCUUCAAGCCCAUCAGAGAGUCCACACUGGAGAGAAACCAUAUAAAUGUGACACCUGUGGGAAGGCCUUCAGCCAGAGGUCCAAUCUUCAAGUCCAUCAGAUAAUCCACACUGGGGAGAAGCCGUUUAAGUGUGAGCAGUGUGGGAAGGAAUUCAGUUGGAGUGCUGGGCUCAGCGCUCACCAGAGGGUCCACACGGGAGAGAAACCCUAUACGUGUCAGCAGUGUGGGAAGGGCUUCAGCCAGGCCUCACAUUUCCACACACAUCAGAGGGUCCACACUGGAGAGAGACCUUACAUAUGUGAUGUAUGUUGUAAGGGCUUCAGCCAGAGGUCCCAUCUUGUAUAUCAUCAGAGAAUCCACACUGCAGGGGACCUGUAGGAAUGCGAGGUGUGACAUGGCCUUUAGUUGGAGUUCACGUCUUGAGCCCCAUUAGAGAGUCUGUGCUGGUGCAUGUGGAAAGCUCCUUCAGAACUCAGAAGCUUCGAGGAAUGGCCUCAGCAAAGCAGCUCUAUAAAACAGCUCAGUUGGGGGAUGAGUUCUUUAUAAACAUCAGAUUUCACGCGAGAGAAAACUGGUUUUAUGAAAUGGUAAAUGGUUACACCAGAGUUUUCAAUGUCCCAGCUCCAAAGAACACAACAGAAGG